UCACAGUGUUCUGCUUUUGUGUCACUCAGGAUGAAGCUGUUGAUCGUUGUUGCUGCGGCUCUGGCCGUGGCUAGCUGUGCCAGCAUUUCUCUGGAAGACCUGGAGUUCCACGCCUGGAAACUCAAGUUUGCAAGGUCCUAUAACUCUAUGGCAGAAGACCUUCAACGCAAGGAAAUCUGGCUCGCCAACCGCAGACAUGUUCUGGUGCACAACAUCAUGGCAGACCAGGGUAUCAAGUCCUACCGCCUCGGCAUGACCUACUUUGCUGACAUGGAAAACGAAGAGUACAAACGCCUGAUUUCCCAGGGCUGCCUGCUGUCCUUCAACACGUCUCUGCCUCACCACGGCUCUGCUUACCUUCGGCUGCUUGAAGGAGGCGAUCUGCCCAACACUGUUGACUGGAGGGACAAGGGAUUCGUCACUGCUGUCAAGGAUCAGAAACAGUGCGGCUCCUGCUGGGCCUUCAGUACAACCGGCUCACUGGAGGGUCAGAACUUCAGGAAGACGGGGACGCUGGUGUCUCUGAGCGAGCAGCAGCUGGUCGACUGCUCCGGCGACUAUGGCAACAUGGGUUGCAAUGGAGGCGUGAUGGACGCCGCCUUCAUGUACAUCAAAGCCAAUGGAGGGAUCGACACAGAGGACUCAUACCCUUAUGAGGCUGAGGAUGGCCAGUGCCGUUACAAUCCUGCCAACGUCGGUGCCACAUGCUCAGGCUACGUUGAUGUGCAACAAGGCGACGAGGCCGGCCUGAAGGAGGCUGUGGCCACCAUCGGACCUGUGUCUGUGGUCAUUGAUGCUUCUCAUAUGUCCUUCCAGCUGUACGAAUCAGGAGUGUAUGAUGAGCCAGCGUGCAGCAGCACACAGUUGCACCACGCUGUUCUGGCUGUGGGUUAUGGGACUGACAACGGACGUGACUACUGGCUGGUCAAGAACAGCUGGGGCCUCGUAUGGGGAGACAAGGGCUACAUCAUGAUGACCAGGAACAAACGCAACCAGUGCGGCAUUGCUACUGCAUUUAGCUACCCUCUGGUCUGAGCAGGUCCAGGACAUUCCUCAGUACGGAGAAAAGUGACCAAUAAUUUACUUAAUUAGAUGAAGAAACCAAGUUAUGGAGCUUUUGUGGUUCCAUGGAUAUGUGUAGGAUCCUUCUGCACUAGUAAAGGAUUUAGGUUGGAUUAAGAUUGUUAACAAAAUGUAAACACAAAUAAAAAUAAUGUAAUAAACAUGUUUGAGUUUA